AUGAGGAAAAGGAAGACAACACAUUCACCUCAUUCACCCGCAGAUCCGAGUGAAGGAAGGGAGAAACUGAGACUGAAGCAAGAGGUCGGCCUGAUCAGUGGGGUGUCGUUAAUUGCAGGCACCAUGAUAGGCUCGGGGAUCUUUAUGUCCCCCGAGUGGGUGCUACAUCACAUGGGGAGCCCUGCCAGCAGCCUGCUUAUCUGGGCAGCGUGCGGUGUCCUGGCCACGUUCGGGGCCUUGUCUUACGCUGAGCUUGGUACCGUAAUUAAAGAGUCUGGAGGCGAAUAUAUUUACAUCCUGAGGAUUUUCGGUUCUUUUCCUGCUUUCCUUUUCGCCUACACUUCUGUCAUCCUGGUGAGGCCAGCUGGUUUGGCAGCUGUCUGCCUGAGCUUUGCUGAGUACGCCGUUGCGCCCUUCUACCCGGGCUGCUCGUCUCCGCAGGUUGUCGUCAAAUGUGCAGCUGCCGCCUGCAUCCUGGUUUUAACUAUCAUCAACUGCCUCAACGUGAGGCUGGCGACAUCUAUCAUGAACGUUUUUACAGCUGCCAAACUCCUGGCUUUGUUAGUGAUCGUGGUGGGCGGGCUGGUGCUGCUGGCCAAGGGACAAACUCAGAGUUUUCAGAAUGCUUUUCAAAACACGACCGCGGGGAUCGGGACGGUCGGGGUGGCGUUUUAUCAGGGACUCUGGUCCUACGAUGGCUGGAACAACCUGAACUAUGUAACCGAGGAACUGAAGAAGCCUGAGGUGACCCUUCCCAGAGCUGUGAUGAUUGCUAUUCCCUUGGUUACCUGCCUGUACUUGAUGGUAAACGUGAGUUACUUUGCAGCCAUGACUCCAUCUGAACUGCUGACCUCGGGAGCUGUGGCUGUCACUUGGGGGGACAAAGUCCUGGGCAGCUGGGCAUGGUUCGUCUCCCUGUCGGUGGCACUGUCUACGUUUGGCUCAUCGAAUGGCACGUUCUUUAGCGGAGGCCGCGUGUGCUACAUUGCUGCAAGGGAAGGCCAUAUGCCAGACAUUCUGUCCAUGGCUCAUGUGCGAUGCCUCACGCCCUCCCCUGCCCUGCUGUUUACAUCCGCUAUGUCUUUGGUAAUGAUAAUGUCAGGAAACUUCACCAGCAUCGUGAACUUUUUCAGCUUUAUAGCAUGGUUUUUCUAUGGCAUGACUAUUUCUGGCCUCCUGUAUUUAAAAAUCAAGAAACCAGAACUGCCAAGAUCUUAUAAGGUCCCAAUGAUCAUCCCCAUAAUUGUGCUGAUGGCAGCCGUGUACCUGGUGUUAGCUCCCAUCAUUGACCAACCCCAGAUUGAGUUCCUCUACAUCGUUCUGUUCAUUUUCAGCGGCGUCAUUCUUUAUUUCCCCCUGGUGCGCUUCAAGUGCCACCCCCGCUUCUUACAGCGAGUCACUUUACAUCUCCAGUUGUUCCUGGAAGUCGCUCCGACUGCUAGGGAUGCAAACUGAGAUAAUGUCCUCCUGGCGAAUGGCUGCCUGUCCCUCCUGCUUUAUUCCAACACCGUGGUUUCCAAGGCUCAGGAAUUAGUCUCCUGUGAGAGAGAAUGAACAGAAUGCAAGUGUCACCAAAAUGUUUAGUUGAGAGGGUCUAGACCCAUGACUCCUCACAUUUUCUUAACAUUUUGAGCACAUAUUUUCCCCAUUUUCAUCUCUCCCUUGAUAGAUUACAUUCAGAUUCCAAAGGAAUACGUUUUUUAGUUUUCCAUCCUGAGAAGAGCUGUCCAUCCUGAGCAGAUCUAAAUCUUAGCUCUUAUAUUUCAAGGCAACAGGCAACAGGAGACUGACAAUGAAAUAUUAUUCCUAUAGCAGGCUGUGAGCCUAAGCCAUUCCUGGCAAUGCCUUUAAUUAUUUCCACCUAGCUCUGCCCACUGUGACGCCAGGGCUUCUCAAAUUCUAACCCAAUUCUAACACACUGCAGUCACUGUAGUUUCCCAUUAUCCGGAGUCUCAACCCUUUUCCUCUUGUUAUAGGGGCAAGAGAAACAUUAUAUGCUGUUUUCUUUCAGUUUGCCCAGAUUGUUUCUGGAUGGGGCCUGUCCUGUCAUAGACUAAAAAGGUGUUAGUCCCUAAAACGUCUCAUUGUGUCUCAAAAUUACAAAUGUUGCUCAGGUCAGCUUUCUGUCAGCGUUUGUUCUGCAGACCCGUACCGAGCACUGCGUUCCUCGAACAGGGUCACUUGAUCCUCCAGGCCUCCUCCAGCCCAUCCCAGAGCUGUGUAUCUGAUUACGAUCUCAUUCUGCAACGCCACCCCUCCUGUUCCUUUGAUACCAGCAGCUACAGAAAUGCAGCAGAUAAUGGAUUCUGGCAGUUAUUGUCUUUUUUGGAAACAAUCUCCCUUUCUUUGACUUAUUUAUAGAGCCUACCACGUGGGGUUGUGCUUUCUUGAAGAUCUACAGUCCAUAUGCAAAAAGAGGGAAGUUUAAGGUUCAACGUGCACAAUGUUUGUGGCUUUGGCCACCUAUCAUUGCAUACUUAAGUAAAAUCAGGCUUAGUCUUGUUCACACAGUUCUUGUGGAACAGGAGUUAUUGCCCCUGCUUGACAUUGUGGAUAUGUAGUAUACUACAGAAGGUGAGCAGAUCAAAGGAUGGAUCAUGCCUUGCUCAAAGUCACACAGGAAAUGUGUGGAAAAUAUGGCUGUUUCUCCCAAAGUCCAGUCAAGCAUCUUAUCUUUAGCCCAUCCUUUCUGUGCACCAGUGACAUAUGAAUAAUAAUAAAGAACCCGGAUAGACUGAGCACUUUCGAUGAGUAGCCUUUAUAUAUUACUGCUUUGUAUAUAGAUGAAAGGGAACUGAAAAGCUGCAAGUAUCACAUUUUGCACCAACUUCCUUUUCUGUAGAUAAUAUUGUAAUGAAGUGUUCUUUUUAUUUAUGUUGCCUAGGGUUUACAAGCACAGGUGCUUAUAAUGCCAAAACAAGAGGCUGAAAGCUCAGAGAAUGGCAAGAUGAUUACAA